AAAAUAGGUUUCGUUAGUUACAGUUACAAAACGUCAUUGUGUUUCUGCACAUGGGUUGUUAUUAUUAUGGCUGCAGAAUCAGCCAGUUCAUCAGUACUGCACUUAAGGGGAGGUUAGGAAGAACCACAGUACUAACUUCACUGGGAUCGACUUUAUCAGGAGUGUUUUAUUUUUCCACAUAUGACUGCAAGCAUGUGCAAAUGAAGAGCAUGAAAACCAAUGUUCGACCUCUUACGCUAGAGGAGAGGUUUCGCACAUUUGCUUCACUACAGGUUCAUGGUGUAGUACUCAUGACGCCGUCUGACUUUCUACGUUCUUUGGUCAAUGAUCAGAGAGAUGUCAAAAUGACCGUUACAAGCGAUUCUGGAUUUGUUGAAAGGAUAAUGAUGAAGGCAUCGAAGGGAAAACAUGGAUCUCGUUUUUUCCGAAAUCUUCAGAAUGAUGGUAUUAUAACAUUUUCAGAGUACUUAUUUCUGCUUCAUAUUUUAACAAAGUCUCCAUCAGGGUUCGAAAUAGCAUUUAAAAUGCUCGACAGGGAUUCGAGUGGUUCAGUUGAUGCCAAAGAAUUUAUGAUUCUGAAUCACAUAAUUACAGAGAACACAAAAUAUAUGUCUGCAGAUGAAUGUCAAAAAUGCGACCUUAUGCUACCAGAAGAGCAUGCCUACAAUACAACACUUAUGACCCACCUUUUUGGAUUUGCUAAAACCCAAAACUUGAGCUUCAGUGAAUUCAAGAAAUUUAUGCAAAAUGUCCAGACAGAGGCUUUGGAAGUUGAGUUCCAGCAGUAUUCACUGGGGACAUCCACAAUCACACCAGUUGAUUUCGCUCGCAUUCUUUUGCGUUACACCAAGGUUUCCGCUUCUGAGUAUGACGCUUUUAUAAUGCGACUUGAAAAACGUGUUUCGCCAAAUAUAGCGAUUACCUUCAGUGAGUUUCAGAAAUUCUUUAUGUUUCUGAAUUGUUUGGAUGAUUUCGUACUAGCAGUCAAAAUGUAUACUAUUGCUGGACAGCCAAUUUCCCUGCUUGAAUUCAAACGAGCUAUCAAAGCAUGCACUGGAGAUGAACUAAGUUCUGAUGUUUUAGCUGUGGUAUUUGCUUUAUUCGACAAUGAUGAGGAUAACUGUCUCAGUUACCAAGAAUUUAUUCACAUCAUGCGAGAGCGACAUUCUGGUGGAUUACUGCGAACAUCUAAAAAUGACAAUAUUAUGAAUAUGUAUCGGAAAUGUUUGAAACGCGAGCUUCAAAGUUCAAUGAAUUAGUAACUACAACUAUGCACUAUCAGUAACAGGAUUUCACCAAGUAUUUCUAUCCUAGGGGAUUUACUCCUUUAUUUUUAUUUAACUCCUAUUAAAUUUCCAGUUGGUGGCAACUUUAUUGAAAACCAGCGUUAGUUUUUUGUAUCAGUCAUAAGUGUGCUUCGGAUAAGAAACGGGGUUUAUCGUACAACUAUGGUGAAACAAAAGUUCAAGCGGACAGUCAAAAGGACAGAAUACUCUUGUGCUGUGGUUUUUUACUUUGUAAAGUAUGCACUUAUUUCUACGGCUUUCAUUUUAGUGUGGGUAUGUUCAUAAAAAGUUGUUCAAGGCUUGAAAAUGCUAAUUUAAAACGACUAAAUUCAAUGCCAGAUGACGUUUAAUUGUUGGAUAUAUACUCAGGCCUGGAUUAUUUCAGCAACUACCAAACAUCACAAACCCCGUUUCAAAAUAUCCUCACAUAGUGGAGCGUCUAUUAGUUGGAACUGUGUAAAGAUGCUCACAUCAUCUAUUACUUUGCUAUUAUAUACUUUGUAUGUUUUCUCUAUAACUCUUUGUUAGAUUUAUUUCCUGUGUGAUGUUUGUUUGCGUCAUUUUACCCUUGAAAGUCGUUUCCCUUUCAUCGUAACCUGAAGUAAUAGUGUUCAUUAAGGGUAGGAUUGUUGAAACUGACUUCGUUUUGCACACCUUUUAUUUUCCAUCAUGAUUUGAAACUACUUAGUCUGUAUGGUUCUCGUUACUUCAUUUAAAAGACGUAUUUUCGCUAAGAAAGAGAGAAAUUCAAAAUAUCUCCUCUUCGUGAGAGUGUAUAAUUCACGUGAGUGCUGAUAUGCAUGGCGUUCACUAUUUCACUGCAUAACAUGACUUAAAUUCCAGUGGAAGAGCUUUGGUGGUAUUCCGUUGACGAAUAGCAUUCCUUUUUAAGAGACAGAGUUCUACGAGAACCUAGUCUAUUUCUCAAUGUUAUAACAUUUAUCCAGUUCUCUAUUUAAAUAUUUACUUUGUUUAAAUCAAAUACAAUUAUGUUGGGGUUGUGUUCAACAGAAAAAAUAACUGUACACACUGCCAUUUUUCGCAGGCAUUUCCGUAAAACCUGUGAUACUUUCUCUUUAUUAUUAAUAAUAACAAGGGAUUGAAACCAAAUCGUUAAAAUACAUGUGUGAAAUGAGGAUAAAAAUUUCUUAAAACUGGAUUUGAUCUUAAUUUUCAGAAAAAUUGUUGCUUCGAGG